UUGGGUUGUACAGAGAGGGAUAGGAGAAGAGUGGAUUCAGUUUGAGGGACAGGGCUUGAGGGAAAAUCAAUGCAGAUGAAGGUUAGGGGAGAUGCAAAUGGAGGGUCUUGGGGAACGUAUGCAGGAGAGAGGGUGAAUAACAGCGAAAAAUUUUAAAAGUUUAUCUGCCUCGUUCACUUUCCACUCUUGCAGUGCACCCUCUGCUUCUGCAGUGAUCCACCUCUUUUCCCCUCAGCUCGGCAAGAAUAUCUGUCUUGCUUAAUCCUGUUGAAACAGAAUCGAUUCCUCUUAAAUCGCAGGCUCACCAGAAGAUUAGGACGCCACCGAACGUCAGCAAAUAGUGAGUCUGCGAAGUCGGGAGACUAGUUUUACAUUUGAGGGUAUAUCAGGCGGUGAAACGGCCAGCACUAGGGGCUGCUGCUGAGAUCAGAUCGAACAUCCUGCUGAUGUUUGGGCUUUGUUGCGCGUUGGGCAGAAAACUCCUCAAUGGUUGUUCUGCAUUUCUACACGAGCCCUAAGGAAGUCCUACCGUUGGAAGUGGGGAAGAGCCUACUCCGGUCUGGGAAUCAUCAUGUGAAGAAGAUUGAGCAUGUAACUCAGGAGCUCUGCUUCAACGUGAACUGGACAGCUCCAGUCUCCCCGACUCCACAGGACAGGCAGAAGCUAGCGUGGAUUUUCCAGUAUCCCUUCGAUCCUGAGAAUAUUUCUACAGAACCCUUCCUCAACGAGCAGGAUGGGGACUUGCUGGUGGAGAUUGGGCCAAGAUUGAACUUCUCCACAGCCUGGUCGACAAAUGCCGUGUCCAUCUGUCACUCCAUUGGGUUAACCGAGGUGGAUCGCAUUGAGUGCUCGCGUCGAUAUCUGCUGAAGAUCUGUGAUUUUGAUGGACUGGAAGCAGCUCCCUUGGGUGAGCUGGUUGCUGCCUUUUAUGAUCGGAUGACGGAGUGUGUGUAUCAACGACCCAUUGAAACUUUCCAAGUGUCAAGCCAGCCGUCACAGGUGAAUGAAGUGGACGUGGUGAACGGGGGGAAGGAUGCGCUGGCGAAAGCAAACCGUGAAUUGGGUCUAGCUUUCGACUCAUGGGAUCUGGAUUUUUACACAGGAUUGUUUCAGAAAGUGGGCCGGAAUCCCACUAGUGUGGAGUGCUUUGACUUGGCGCAGUCCAACAGCGAGCACAGCCGCCACUGGUUCUUUAAAGGGCGUUUGGUGAUUGAUGGAGAAGCCAAGGAGAAAAGUCUCUUUGAUCUGAUCAUGAAGACGCAGGAUUACAGCAACAGCAACAACGUUAUCAAAUUCUGUGACAAUAGCAGUGCCAUUGAAGGCAAAAGUGUUAAGUGUCUCUACCCCAGCAACGGGUCACAAGCCAGCAACAUAGAGGUUCACAAAGCCAAGAGGCACAUAAUCUUCACUGCGGAAACACACAACUUCCCCACAGGCGUGGCUCCAUUCAGCGGUGCAACUACAGGAACAGGAGGUCGGAUACGGGAUGUCCAGUGCACGGGUCGAGGGGCACAUGUGAUCGCAGGGACAGCUGGUUACUGCUUUGGGAAUCUGCUCUAUCCAGGCUAUGAGCUGCCCUGGGAAGACCAAACCUUCACUUAUCCUGGGAACUUUGCACGGCCACUGGAAGUGGUGAUCGAGGCCAGUAACGGAGCUUCAGAUUACGGCAAUAAAUUUGGAGAGCCAGUCUUGGCAGGAUUUGCCCGGUCAUUUGGAAUGAUGCUUCCCAGUGGGGAGAGAAGGGAAUGGAUAAAACCCAUUAUGUUCAGCGCCGGUAUUGGAACCAUUGAAGAUGACCAUGUCCGGAAAGAACAGCCUGAGCCAGAGAUGGAGGUGGUGAAGAUCGGAGGCCCUGUGUAUCGAAUCGGAGUGGGUGGAGGGGCAGCAUCCUCCAUUCAGGUGCAGGGAGACAACACAGCAGAACUUGAUUUUGGAGCAGUGCAGCGAGGCGAUGCUGAGAUGGAGCAGAAGAUGAACAGAGCUCUCCGGGCCUGUGUGGAGAGGCAGCACGGCAACCCUAUCUGUAGCAUUCACGACCAGGGAGCCGGAGGCAAUGGUAAUGUUUUGAAAGAGCUGAGCGAACCGGCAGGGGCCAGGAUAUUCACCAGCAAAUUCAAGGUGGGUGAUCCAACUCUGAGUGUGCUGGAGCUGUGGGGAGCUGAGUAUCAGGAAUCCAAUGCUCUCCUCUUGCAUUCAAAGGACUCUGAGUUUCUGUGUGCUGUCUGCGAUAGAGAGAAAUGCCCUGUUGAUUUUGUUGGUAAAAUAACUGGAGAUGGAAAGAUAGUGUUGGUUGAUGAUCGGGAUAUUUCAAAGAAAUCAGAGUUCCCCAAUUGUGAGCUGCCCGCUGUUUGUCCUGUGGAUCUGAAGCUGGAGUGGGUACUGGGAAAAAUGCCUCAGAAGGAGUUCAUUUUGAAUCGGAGGAAGCCCAGUCUUCAACCUCUGUCUCUUCCUGUGAACCUGAGUGUGAGGGAAGCCCUGACCCGUGUACUGCGACUGCCCUCGGUGGCCAGCAAGAGAUACCUGACCAAUAAGGUGGAUCGUUCAGUGACGGGUCUGGUAGCCCAGCAGCAGUGUGUGGGACCUCUCCACACUCCUCUCGCCGACGUGGCCGUCAUCGCCCUCUCUUACUUUGAUACCGUGGGAGCUGCCACAGCAAUUGGAGAGCAGCCCAUCAAAGGUCUGAUCGAUCCUGGAGCCGGAGCCCGAAUGGCUGUUGGGGAGGCUCUGACCAAUCUGGUGUUCGCCCGUGUGACUGACCUCAAGGACGUUAAGUGUAGCGGCAACUGGAUGUGGCCGGCUAAGUUGCCAGGGGAGGGUGCGGCUCUGUACGAUGCCUGUGAGGCCAUGUGCCAUGCAAUGGCCGAGCUUGGAAUUGCGGUGGAUGGUGGGAAGGAUUCUCUGAGUAUGGCUGCUCGUGUGGGUCAGGAUACUGUGAAGGCCCCAGGCUCUCUUGUGGUCUCUGUUUAUGCUACAUGUCCUGACAUCACCAGCACUGUGACUCCCAACUUGAAAAACCCUCAAGAGCAAGGGGUGCUGCUCUAUGUCCCAGUCACACCUGGUCAGUACCGAAUGGGAGGAACUGCUUUGGCUCAAUGCUACUCUCAGAUUGGCAACUGCUGCCCAGACCUGGACAGUCCACACCAUCUCAAGUCCUGUUUCACUGUCACUCAGCAGCUGCUGGAUGAACGAGUGCUGAGUGCUGGCCACGACGUCAGUGAUGGGGGACUGCUCACGUGCCUGCUCGAAAUGGCCAUCGGGGGGAACUGUGGGAUCGAGGUCAGCAUUGAAAAUAACGAGGCCAGUGUACUGGAGCUGUUAUUUUCUGAGGAGCUGGGUUUGGUGUUGGAGGUUUCCGAAGUGGCUGCCAAUGAGGUGAGCUCUCGGUACAGAGCAGCGGGCCUUCAGUGCCAGAGAAUUGGCUCAACCACUGGAGAGGGUUCCCAGAGCAUGGUGACGGUGCGAGUGAAUGGAGAGGAGGUACUCUCGGAGCGGAUGGCCACUCUCCGCUCCUGGUGGGAAGAGACCAGUUUCCAACUGGAGAGACUGCAAGCCAAUCGGGCUUGUGUGGAGGAAGAGGAGAGUGGCAUGGAGCAUCGCACGGUUCCCCGAUACACCCUGAGCUUCCAACCAAGUGCCAGCCCUAGAACAUCGGCUGGGUUAGGUGCGUCAGAGCCACGAGUGGCUGUGGUCCGGGAGGAGGGCAGCAACGGUGACCGGGAAAUGGUGGCAUCACUUGUCAUGGCUGGAUUCCAGGUUUGGGAUGUGACUAUGACGGAUAUCUGUGCAGGACUGACUCUGGAUUCAUUCCGUGGGGUGGUGUUUGUCGGAGGGUUCAGUUAUGCUGAUGUUUUGGGCUCAGCAAAAGGUUGGGCUGCAACGGUGCGGUUCAAUCCCAGGGCACGUGCCGAGUUUCACAGAUUCCGUUCCCGACCUGACACCUUCAGCUUGGGUGUGUGUAAUGGAUGCCAGCUGAUGGCACUGCUCGGCUGGGUGGCUUCUGAGACAGAGCUAUUAGAAGGUGAUGGAUCACAACAGGGUGUCCUGCUGACACACAAUCGUUCUCGCCGCUUCGAGUCGCGCUUCGUUACAGUGACCAUCUUGGAGAGCAGUUCACUUAUGCUGAAGGGGAUGGCAGGUUCAACCCUCGGGAUCUGGGUAGCCCAUGGAGAGGGUUACAUGCAGUUUGAGUCGGAAAAAGUGCUGCGGAUGGUUACUGAGAAUGGCCUGGCUCCGAUCCGAUACUGUGAUGACUCAGGUGUUCCAACAGAAUGUUAUCCCCAGAAUCCCAACGGCUCACCGCUUGGAAUUGCAGCACUGUGCUCGGCUGAUGGCCGGCACCUUGCCAUGAUGCCUCACCCAGAGCGCUGCACCUUGCUGUGGCAGUGGGCCUGGAUGCCGGCUGAGUGGCGACAGUCACUCACCGCGUCGCCAUGGCUACGCAUGUUCCAGAAUGCAUGCAACUGGUGUUUGCAGAGUCUCUGAUGGGUGGUGUGGCUCGAACUGUAAGUUCUGGGUAUCGAUACUGACCCAGGUUCGCCCAUCUCAUCUGUGCCUGGCUCAGGGCAGCCACCAUCCCCUUUCAAGUACUGAGUCCUAGCACUCGUCUCUAUCCACUGUCCCCUCCCCGUGCCCUGUCCACGUCCAACACCCAGGGAAGGGGGUGGGUUGCACGGAGAGGAGAGACCUUAAUUUUGAUAUUGUUUGGGCCCUUUGCAUUUCACAUCCAUGGUUUCUGUAAAAUAUUUCAGUGAAAAUAAAGACAGGAUACAAUGGUAACUAACGUUAUCUCCUCCUCUCUUUGAUGCAUUUAGUCUCAGCACGGUGAA